CACACACACACACACACACACACACACACAGUAAAGCACUAGCUACAUUAUCCUUGGUAGAUGUGCAACAUUCGUAAUGAUUUCAAGAGUUUGUUAUGUGUAUAGAGGUAACAUCUACACCUACAGCAACAUCAUCUCAGCAAACCACACCAACAGCAACAUCUCCACUUUUGUGUUACUCUUGUUCUCGAGCAAACAGAGAAGAGUGUGACGAAUCUCAGACAGUUCAAACGUGUGAUGUUGGAGACGUGUGUCGUCUAGUAGUCUUUAGGGUUGCACAAGCAUUUGGAGGAGGUGUCGUUUCGUUUCAAAGAGGAUGUUUUCCAAACGCAAGCUGUACUGAAAGUGAUGAAUGUAGGGGUACGUUAGGUGGAAACUGUAUCAGAUGUUGUGACAGUAAUCUUUGCAAUGAUGGAGAUAUUGACACUAUUCCUACCACAGACGUAGCACCAUCAACGCUAAGCCCAACCACACCACCACCAGUAACCACAUCAACAACACCAGCCUUGCUCCGCUGUUACAGUUGUUCUCAAAAAAAUAAGGAAACUUGUGAUAGUUAUCCAGCAGCGCAAACGUGUAGUCCUGGAAACGUAUGCCGUACAGUAGUACACAAGCUGCCACAAGUAUUUGGAGGAUUAGUCACUUCAUUUCAACGACACUGUUUUCCACAAUCAAUGUGCAAUAAACUUGAUGACUGCAAUCGCAAUGUUGGUGGAGACUGCAUUAGAUGUUGCAACAGUGAUCUCUGCAAUGAUGGAGAUAUUGAGCCUACUACAGCACCAACACCAACAACAGCAGCACCCCGUCUCCAAUGUUACUCAUGCUCUCAGCGUAGUAAGGAAAGGUGUGAUAGCUAUCAGACAGAGCAGACUUGUAACGUUGGAGACGUCUGUCGCACUGUCGUACACAAGCUACAAGAAAGGGUCACUUUCUUUCAACGGAGCUGUUUUACAAGCUCAAAAUGCAAGAGAGUUGAUGGCUGCAGUAACAUCGCCGGUGGCAUCUGUGUCAGGUGUUGUGACAAUAAUCUGUGCAAUGAUGGAGACAUUGCAAUGCCUGGUUGUAGAUACAAUGGAGAUUACUAUAAGUCAGGAGAUAUUUUCAAAACUUCCGAUCGAUGUAACUACUGCAUAUGCAGAGAUGGUCGUAUUGCAUGCACUGAAAAAUACUGUAAACCAACAGAAGCUACUACUGGUUGCCACGUGGAACAAAAGCAGAAGUUUCUUUACUAUGAUGUUGGCUUUUUUACAUUCUGUCGUACUGUUCAAAAGCACAACAUUAUAACAUGCUCAGGCUACUGUUCUGUUGGUGGAGCUAGAGUAGCGUGUCAACCUCUUUACGAACAUAAACUGGUUGAUUUGAAGUGUCCUACUAGAAGAUCCGCUCUCAAAAAAGUGGUACAGGUGGUUGCUAGCUGCUCGUGUUCAAACAACUGAUGGUGUGUGGCAACUUGAAAGACUGAAUGAUACAUUUUGAGCGUUUAGUGCACGUUGUCGGUCUGCAAAUUAAUGUAUGUGUGCAUGUGCAGGUAAUGCAUUAUUUCAGUUAUCAAUCACAUGUUGAAGAUCUAGACUUAGAAUCAUUAAUUGAUUUGGUUUAGUGCAAGUUG